AUGAAAUUGUUGCAAUCUGUAGCGCUGCUUGCUUCAGUAGUCCCUGUUCUGGGCUCUGAUUAUCAAGUGAAGGAGCGUCACUUUGUUCCCCGUGGGUGGAAUGCAAUUGGUUCUGCUCCGGAAGACCACCGCAUUGAGCUCCAUUUCGCUUUGAAGCAAGGUCGUUUUGAGGAACUCGAGCAAAGUCUCUAUGAAGUCUCCACGCCAGGAAAUCCCAGGUAUAGGCAGCAUCUCACUCAGGAAGAGGUUAAUGACUUGGUCAAGCCUACAGAUGCCACUCUGUACCUUGUCGAGGAAUGGCUUGACAGCCACGGCGUGGAUGCUGCUGAGCUAGAUUAUAAUCCAUCGAAGGAUUGGUUUACCGUCACUCUGCCAGUGGACACUAUCGAGCGUUUGCUGCAGACUAAAUACUCUGUGUAUGAGCACGAAGAUGGGACCCAACUUGUUCGCACAUCAAAAUGGUCUUUACCCGCACACCUCCACGAGCAUAUCGAAACUAUCCAGCCGACCACUUCUUUCUUCCGUCCACGCCAGGACGGAAAGCAGUUCAGGAUUGCCGAUGAGUUGGAAUCGUUCGCUCUCAAUUCCUUGAAUGAGCUGCAGGUGGAAAACCCUACAGUAGAUAGUGUCUGUAACAAAUCUGCUGUCACUCCACUUUGCCUCCGUACCCUUUACGGAACAAUUGACUAUACUCCUCAAGUCCCUGGCAAGAACAAGAUUGGCAUUAACAACUUCCUGAACGAAACUGCCAACCAUUCUGAUGUCAACAUCUUCAUUAGUCAGUACAGGCCGGACGCUAAGGGUUUCAACUUCACAACUUUCAUAAUCGAUCACGGCGAUGACCAGCAAACUCCCAACACCCCGCAGCAGCUCGAAGCCGGCAAAGAUAUGGAGGCCAACCUUGAUGCCGAGACUAUCGUUGGUCUCUCCUAUCCCACUAAGCUGUAUACUUACAACACAGGAGGUUCACCCCCUUUCAAGCCCUCGGCAGGAGAGCCCACGGACUCAAACGAGCCCUAUGCUACCUGGUUGAAAUUCGUCUCGAGUCAAUCGGACGCCGUCCUCCCCCAAACCAUUUCAACCUCUUAUGGUGAUGACGAGCAAACCGUUCCGUAUUCGUAUGCGAAGUCCGUGUGUAGGCAAUUUGCCGUUCUAGGAGCUCGGGGCGUCACCCUGCUUUUUGCCAGCGGUGACUCGGGUGUUGGUACCGCCGGAUACUGCACGUCAAAUGAUGGCAAAAACAGAACAGAAUUUACCCCUGGCUUCCCUGGAAGCUGCCCAUAUGUUACCACCGUUGGAGGAGCCAUGGAUUUCAACCCUGAGGUCGUAGCUUACAAUCCGCGAAAUGGGUAUGUAAGUGGUGGCGGUUUUUCCAAUUACUUCCCUCGUCCACCAUACCAAGAGAAGGCUGUUGGAGAAUAUGUAAAAGGACUGGGCAACCUGCAUAAGGGUCUAUAUAACAAAAAGGGACGCGGUUUUCCCGAUCUCGCUGCCCAAGGUCGUGCCUUUGCUGUUGUUUGGAACGGUACAGUGAUAGGACUGGAUGGGACUAGCGCGGCCACACCAGCUGCAGCCGGUGUUAUCACCCUUGUGAAUGAUGCAUUGAUUGCUGCUGGUAAGCGUCCUUUGGGAUUCCUUAACCCAUGGUUGUACUCGGAAGCAUACACAACAUUCAACGACAUCACAAACGGCUCAUCGCUUGGGUGCAAUACAUCCGGGUUCCCUGCUAAGGAGGGAUGGGAUGCUGUGACCGGGUUUGGCACAUUUAACUUCCCGAAGCUGAAAGAUCUCGCCUUGGAAAAGUAG